AUGCGAACGGAGCACUCUGAGAUGCCCUUAUCGGUGACUGAGGAAGUGCCGAGGGAAGAGCACCCGAAUGGGCAACAGAGCUUUCAGCCGGCGCUCGUGGUACUAGCUGUCAUGGCGUCGGCCUGCCUGGUCAUCAGCCUGCUCACCCUGUUGUGGCGCCUGGCCGCGCCGGGGCAGAGACCGCGCCGCAGCGUCUGCCUGACGCGGACCUGCGUGGCGCUCAACGAGAUGCUGGUGGCCGCGUCCAACGCCAGCGUCGACCCCUGCGAGGACUUCUACGAGCACGUGUGCGGCGACUGGAGGGAGUCGACCUCCAUCUACGAGAAGCACCUCAGCGACUUCGUCGACAAGGUAAUCGACGUUCUGCUGCGAGCCAACAUGAGCAACAAAAUGAGAAAUCCCACUCAACAGGCCGCCAUGCUGCUGAAAAGCUGUCUAGUUAUCGUCGAAGACGGCCGAGACGAAGUGGACGCCUUCAAGAGCCGACUCACUAAGUUGGGCAUCACGUGGCCACAGCUGAAGAACAAGAGCGGAGAGCUCACCGUAGCAGCAGCCAGGAUGUUCGAGGCGUUUCGCAUCUCACCGCUGCUUAGCAUCCGCAAGAGUCGAACAAAGUCGGGCGAAGUGUCGCUCUGCAUCGAGCCCGGCGACGCACUGCCAAAUUGGCUCAAGAUGCGGGCACUGCUAGUGAAAGAAGGCAACUACCGCAGCUAUUACGAAGGCGCGGCAGACCUCUACAAUGGCCACGCGACCCCUACUAUAGGUUUCGCGGAGUUCAAUGAGAUCGAAAGCCUCCUCGUUCCGGCAUUGAUGUCCACCGACUACGGUGAUACCGAAAUGGUUGAACUCGACUCUACGGAACAGCUGAGCCGCUACCUAGAACAUAACAGCUUCAUGCAGCUUCGAGCAUUUUUGAAAUAUGGCCUCCAACUGCCGUCAUCGACGAGGGUGAAAAUACGCGCCGUGGACUACGUGAAACGCCUCCUAGACUUAUUGAAGCAGCUGGACGAACCGCGAUUGGAGUUCUACCUCGGCUGGUGCGUGAUGCAGGCCAUGUGGCGGUUCAUCAGCAAAUCGUUCUCGCAGUUUUGGUAUCGGAGCGUGCGCUCCGCUCUGGAUACCGUCGUCGAACGACCAAGCCAUGCUGACUGUAUCGAGUUGACCGAGUCCCUCCUUGGAUGGACCGUGUACGCAGAAUUCUCGGGCACUCACGAGGACGCUGACGCGCGCAACGACGUGAACUGGAUAGCACGGACCAUCGCCGACACGUUUGUCAAGCAGGUCAAGCGCGGCCGCUGGUCUAUUAUCGCCGAUCGCGUCGCUCUCGACCAGCGCGACUUCCAGGACGUUUUCUUCCACAGCGAACUGUUCAGCAAACAACAGCUUGGCGACGUCUUCGACACGGUCGCCAUGAACGUUUCGCUGCUGCAUAACUGGAUGGCCGUUGCCACGGCCCACGCGCGCAUCCCCGAGGAAGAAUGGCGGGCGAUGUCCUCUAGCUACAUGAGGCAACUCCGCGAGUCCGACGGCUACGCUUUCUUCGACUCGCACAGCUCGUCUAUUCGCAUCCCUCCACUCUUCCCGAUGCUGCCGCUCUACGGCCGGCACUCCACGGUAGCGGCUAAGUACGGUACUAUCGGAACACUGCUGGGUGCGGCCGCCGUACGGCUCUUCGUGAGCCGCCUGCCUCAUAACUCGGCGGCGCUCGCCACGGUUGAAGAGAAGCUCGCCUGCUUCGCUUCGCCAGUGGACCCAUCACGGACCAAGCAGCACACGUACCUUGCCGCAGUGGUCGACCUCGUCUGGGAUGCAUUCGAGUCGGCUGAUGCGCCAACGGGGGCCGGCGACCUCGGCAACUACACCAGCGAGGCGACGUUCUUCAUGGUGAUGUGCCGCCUGCUGUGCAAAGCGCGCGCGUCGCUCCAGGCCGAGUUCGGCUGCAACCAGAUCGUCAAGAACAGCCGCGUCUUCGCGCGGGUUUUCAACUGCGAAGUGGGCAGGCCAAUGAACCCCGAGAAAAAGUGCGAUUUCUUCUCGUACGCCUGA